AGACAUCUCCAGACUCAGGGCCCCUCACUAAACCUCUGAAAAAACUCUCACAAAUCACAAAACCCUCCCGAAAAUGAGCUCUCCCCUUUUCCGAUCCGUCAAAACCCUUGCGGCGAAGUCCGCCGCCGUCCGUGGCUUCUGCUCUGAAUCCGUACCGGAGCGCAAGGUCGCCAUUCUCGGCGCUGCCGGUGGGAUCGGCCAACCCCUUGCUCUUCUCAUGAAGCUCAACCCUCUUGUCUCAAGGCUCUCUCUCUAUGAUAUCGCUAACACCCCCGGUGUUGCUGCUGAUGUUAGCCACAUCAAUACCAGAUCUGAGGUUGCUGGUUAUGUUGGUGAUGAUCAGCUUGGACAAGCUUUAGAGGGAUCAGAUGUUGUCAUCAUUCCUGCUGGUGUUCCCAGGAAGCCUGGUAUGACACGUGAUGAUCUUUUUAACAUUAAUGCUGGAAUAGUCAAGUCCCUGUGCACCGCAAUAGCCAAGUACUGUCCUCAUGCAAUUGUUAACAUGAUCAGCAACCCUGUGAACUCAACUGUCCCUAUAGCAGCUGAGGUUUUUAAGAAAGCAGGGACAUAUGAUGAGAAGAAAUUGUUUGGUGUGACAACUCUUGACGUAGUUAGAGCUAAGACUUUCUAUGCCGGAAAGGCUAAUGUAAACAUUGCAGAGGUUAAUGUCCCAGUUGUUGGUGGUCAUGCUGGUGUAACUAUUCUCCCACUAUUUUCUCAGGCCACACCAAAAGCAAAUUUGCCAGAUGAAGAUAUUAAGGCCCUUACAAAGAGAACACAAGAUGGAGGAACUGAAGUUGUGGAAGCCAAGGCUGGAAAGGGUUCUGCAACAUUGUCAAUGGCUUAUGCAGGAGCCCUAUUUGCUGAUGCUUGCCUGAAGGGACUUAAUGGCGUUCCAGAUGUAGUGGAAUGCUCAUUCGUGCAAUCAACUGUCACUGAGCUCCCCUUCUUUGCUUCUAAGGUGAGGCUUGGUCAGAAUGGUGUGGAAGAAGUUCUGGGAUUGGGUCCACUUUCUGACUAUGAAAAGGAGGGUUUGGAGAAAAUGAAGCCCGAACUCAAAUCAUCUAUUGAGAAGGGAAUAAAGUUUGCCAAUAGCAACUGAUCAAUCUUCAUAAAUUUUGCAUUAUUUAGUGUUGUAUUUGUUGCCAAUGGCACUGGCUGUGCUGUUUCGAUUGGAGUAGGCUCCAAAUAAACCAGAAACUUUCAUUAAUAAUUCCCAAUGUCUGUCAUACUAAAAUUGAAUGUUAUCACAUUUUAAGUGGGUUGUACCAUCAUUUACUGAGUGUUCAUUUUUCACUCUUCCCAAUUUAAGUGGGAUGUAUUAUCAUUUAUAAAGUCACCAGUUGCUUCAA